AUGGCAGUCGAUGAUAUAGAAACUCACAAAUCAUCUGUGAAGCUGUCCCCUGGGCAAGCGGAAGCGCCGGCUAGCGGCAUGGGCUCUAUUCUCCACAGCGCCGUGUCGGACGGCGCCGCAACAUCAGUGCCGGCGGCGGCGACCAAGAUGCCAUUCGGCGAACGUCCGGCAUGCUUCAAAAACACGGUGCAGGAAAUCGGGUUUGUGUUCCAGGCGACCAACGCCUUAGCGACAGGCUCAUUCUUCCAGGGCGCCAGUUCCAUCAUCACGGCGAGCAUCGGACGGGACCUGGGCAUGACGCAGGGGGAGAUCACCUGGAUCACCGCUUCGUCAGCGUUGACAGCAGGCGCCUUCCAGCUCGGGUUGGGCCAGUUGGCGGACCUGCUCGGCCGCCGGCCCGUCUUCCUCGCGGGCAUGGUGUCCUUUACCGCCUUCUCGCUGCUGGUGGCCUUCGCCCAGGACCCCUUCUGGAUGGACGUCGUGUGUGGCGUCGUGGGCCUGUGUUCCGCCAUGGUGGUUCCGCCAGCCAUUGGAAUCAUGGGUGCAGCAUACACUCAGCCAUCGAAGCGCAAGAACUUGGCCUUCUCGGCCUUCAGCGCCGGCAACCCGCUCGGCUUCGUGUUUGGUAGCAUCUUCAGCGGCAUCGCCACUCGCCUGUUCAACUGGAGGGCCGCCUUCAUCUUGAUCGCCAUCCUCUGGGCCCUCUUCACAGUGCUAGCCAUUUGGACAAUACCGAGAGUCGAGGCUUUUCCGCCUGAGCAACCCUUCAAGGACAGAAUUAAGAUCUUUAUCAAGACUUUUGACUCGGUCGGCACCGUCUUGACGGUUUUUGGAACAGGGUUGCUGACUGCUGGGAUAACUCUCGCGCCAACUGAUGGGUGGGGAGCGGCACACAUUAUCGCCAUGCUCGUCAUCGCGGUUCUCUUGUUGGUUAUUUUUGUCUUUUGGGAGCGCAUCUAUUCGAACCCGUUGAUGCCCCCACAUAUCUGGAAAGAUCGCAAUUUUACCUUGAUCAUUCUAGCCUGUCUGCCUGGCUACAUGUCGUUCAUAUCAGCGCAGUUCUGGUUGUCGUUUUUCAUGCAAGAGCUACAACACCUGUCUCCCCUCGAUGUGGCUGUCCAUCUGCUCCCGCAGGCGAUCGCCGGGCUGAUAUACAACAUCAUCGCUGGAUCGAUAUUGCACCGCGUCAACAACACGCUGCUCAUGGCAUUCGGAUCCUUGGCGUACAUCACGGCGAACGUGCUGUUGUCCGUGAUGCGGCCGGACAGCUCCUACUGGCGCUUUAUCUUCCCAGCACUGAUCAUUAGCGUCAUCGGGGCUGACUUCCAGUUCAAUGUGGCCAACAUGUAUGUUAUGCAAUCGCUGCCGUCGCACAAGCAGGCGCUGGCGGGCGGCAUCUUCAACACGCUCUUCAGGCUGGGUGCGGCUGUGGCCCUGGGCGCGUCGACAGCCGUUUUCGUGUCUGCUACUGGAACGGCAGAGGCCAUGGCAGACCCGAUGGUGCCGUACAAGAAGGCGUUCCAAGUCUCGGUCGGGCUGAGCGCUGCAAGCUUCCUGUUCCUUCCGUUUAUACGACUCGGGACCCAGGGCCACGCAUCCCAGGAAACAGAUACGGACACGGGCGAGUCGAAGAAAGCUCUGGUUGAUGGGCCGAGCUAA